ACGGUGUCGACAAUCGGUCGCGUUGCCGCAGUCUCACUCAUUGUUCUCAUAUUGUUGUCAAUGUUAUCAUGUUCCCUCGGGUGAUUCUGAAUGGGACAAUGAUCAAAAAAUCCCAGCAAAAGAGAAUAACAUCUCCAUGCAACUACAAAGAAAGAUUUUUUGUGCUGGACACACAGGAAUUGAAGUAUUCUGAGUGUCGCCCAGGAAAAAAACCUGUACUUAAAGGUUGCAUCAGGUUAUGCAGCAUUAAGUGCGUCGAAAUUGUGUUUACUGAUCGACGUAUACCAUGCUCCUUCAAGUACCCCUUUCAGGUUUUUCAUGACAACUAUUUCCUCUACAUUUUUGCCCCAGACAAUGAUUGUCGUCUGAGGUGGGUUCACGCUCUUAAAGAAGAGACAAAGAAUAACACAUUGGUUGAAAAAUACCACCCACAAUUUUGGAUGGGAGGAAAAUGGAGAUGUUGCCACCAGACAAAUAAACUGGCAAAGGGUUGUCAUGUAUAUGAUCCACUGGGUUAUGCCUCCAAAAAACCGCUUCCUGGAAUCCCAGAUGCAGAGGCAGAAUUGCAUGGUGCAUUGCAAAAGACAGUCAUUGCAUUGCAGAACUACACACCACUUAGAAACACAGAGUUGGCACUUCAGAAAGACAAGGUGUACAUGCUGGUUGACACCGUCCACCCUCACUGGUGGAAAGUGCAAGAUGAAAUGGGGAACACAGGUUUAGUUCCCAGCACACACGUAAUCGAAAAUUCAGGAAACAACUUUGAGAGAUUCGAAUGGUACAGCAAGAACAUGACCAGAGAAGAAGCCGAAGACAUAUUAAUCAAAGAGGCAAAGGAGGGUGCAUUCAUGGUUCGGAACUCAAGACAGACAGGUGUCUACACAGUGUCAGUCUUCACCAAAGCAUCUAGCUCUAAUGGGGAGAAAAAUCCAUGUGUGAAACAUUACCAAAUCCGACAGACGAAGACAGGAGAACCUACUUUUUACUUAGCAGAGAAGUACUUGUUCCACUCUAUUCCUGAGCUGAUCCACUAUCACCAACACAACGCUGCGGGUCUGAUAACACGUCUGAGACAUCCUGUCACUCAAGCAGGUGGCUGCUCCCAGGCAAUUGCUGGUCCGAUUCAAGAUGAGUGGGAGGUGGACCCUGAAGAACUGGACUUUGGUCUAGAAGUUGGCAGGGGACAGUUCGGAUUGGUGCUGCAAGGGAAAUGGAGGGAGAAGACGGUGGCGCUGAAAAUCAUUAAAAAAGAGUGCAUGUCAAAUGAAGAAUUUAAAGAAGAGGCAAUGAUCAUGAUGAGACUGUGCCACUCAAAGCUAGUCCAGCUCUAUGGUGUAUGCACCCAACAUUCUCCUAUGUGUUUGGUGUUGGAGUUCAUGGACAAUGGCUGUCUGUCAGACUACCUGCGAAACAAAAAGGGGGCUUUAUCCCAGGAAACAAUGUUGGAGAUGUGUUUGGAUGUCAGUGAAGGGAUGGCCUAUCUGGAAAUGUCUAACUUUAUCCACCGGGAUCUGGCUGCCAGGAAUUGCUUAGUUUCAAAGGAAUAUGUGGUGAAAUUGUCAGAUUUUGGCAUGACAAGAUAUGUGCUUGAUGAUCAGUACACAAGUUCCCUGUGUUCCAAGUUUCCCGUCAAGUGGUCAGCACCAGAGGUUAUCCGAUAUUGCAAGUUCAGCAGCAAGUCUGAUAUUUGGUCCUUUGGUGUUCUCAUGUGGGAAGUGUACACAGAGGGUCGCAUUCCUUAUGAGAACCGCACCAACGCUGAGGUGGUGGAGUCCCUUAAUGCUGGCAUGAAGCUGCUAAAACCCAAGUUGGCACCAGAGUCUGUUUAUAUGCUCAUGGAAUGGUGUUGGAAAGAGAAACCAGUGGAUCGUCCGUCCUUCGCUCUGUUGCUGCACGAGCUAUCCUCACUUUCAUACUUACAAAACUAAGAUAUUCAACUAAAUUGUUUUAGGGGCCAAAGUUCCAGAAAGCUAAGGACCUGGGGGGGGCCGGGCAUAUUUUUCAUAUUUUGUCUUUCUUGAAAACCAGUGUCCUCUCCAAAGGACUUUUAUUUGCUUGUGUCAGAGUGCUCUGCAUCUUAGACGAACUGGUAAAAAGCUAGACUAAAAUCAUGUAUGUAUGACAAGGCUCUACACUGUAAGAAAAAAGUCAGUAGAUAUGGUAAUGUCACAACAAGGGGGCCGUAGCUUACUGCAAUGGUUUGUUAUCCCGGGAUGCAAACGGACUAUUCCGGACAGGACUUGAAGGUAGGAACAUAUUUAUUCCCCAACUACCACUCAACGAAGCACAAACCAAAAAAACAACCCGAAGGCAAGCUUGCCUAGCGCACAUGGAAACUAAGGCAAAAACUUACGACAUGAAACAUUAAACUGAAGACAUAAAAACCGCACUAAACUGUGACAUGAAACAAAUAGCUUUAACUAUGGAAACGAGCAACAUGAACUGUGAUAUCACAUGAAAACAAGCAUGAAACUGUGGCAUGAAUAGAGCAAUGACGCCAGGACGACUAACUGGCAAAGACAGGCUUAAAUAAUAGUCUCUUAAUUAGAGCAGGUGCGUGUCCGAACACCAGCGGCAGGUGAAACUAAUGAGUCGCCAUGGUAACUAAACAAACAAGGGAGCGCAAACAGGAACGAAAAGAGUCCACAACUAACAGAAACUAACAAAAACAUAAUCCAGACUACAGAUCAUGACAGGUAAAAUACUAACAUUUUUCGAUUUUACUGUUAAAAUAUAAGUGCUAACAUUUUUCCAUUCACAGUAAUGCACUGUAAAAACAUAAUAGAUAUCGUGGUAAAAGAAAGCAAAAAAAUCUGGCAGAUCAGUUGCCAGAAUUUUACCAUAAUAACAACAGUGGUACAAUAACUCUGUGAAAAAAAAAAAAACCACUGUCAAUUUUGUGGUAAAAUUAUGGCGUGAGAGCUGCCAGUUUUGUUUUUAAUGUAUUGUUUUUAUUCCGACAUGUGAAAGGUGGUGGUGGUCAACCCAGCCAAGAUGGUUGUGGUACAGCAAUCAGCGUGCGAACUAACUGAGCACAAAAGAGGCUUAAAUCUACGAGCAAAAAUGCCAAAUGUGCAAUUGAAUCUAUCCUUAUACUUACUCAAAAUAAGAUUUGUCAAAUGAAAUCAAGGAUUAUACGUUGGUCGCCUUCCAAGACAUACUCAACUAUUGUGCUUCAGACCCCAUUUAACGCAACAAAACAGAUGGAAACUUGAAAAGCAUGGAGAUUUACAACUUUUUUGUGUGUGGUGAGGUCAAGGAAAUUGGUAUCAAGACUCUCCCGGAUAAAUACAAAUUGUUUUUGGUCGGGUAAGUCUGCAUAUCAGGAUUUAACUUGCGUCUACUGGAAUAUUUGUUGCUGUUGCAUGCGCCGUUUACGAGUAGCGUAUUUUUUCCUGUCUUUAUCAAAAUAUAACAAGAUAUCAACUUGGUGUAUGUGCUGAAAGAUAAAUUUAUGAUUGCUGUUUUUGGUAAAAAACCAACUCUUUUAGGUUUUGGUCUCAUUUGCUUUCUUUUAGAUUUGCCGAGUUGGUGCAUUGCAAAACCUGUGGUUAAAACAAAUAAUAUCAAAAUAAUACUUAAACUAGAAAUAAUAAACGUCAAAAGUAUAUCAAAUAAACUUCUAACAAAGUGAUCACUGCAAACUCAUGCAUUUUUCAACACUGCUACCUCGGACUGGAGUGUGAGCUGCAGGCUUUUCUUGUCGUCGUUUCGUAAAAUCCUGCACUCUUCCGCCCGAGGAAGAAAUGUUUAUCGUUUUCGCAAUUUGAAGGAUUCGUACAGCCGAAAGCAACGCAAGCAUAGAGCACUUUAUUGUUUGAGAAAGGCAAAAUGGCGCCUAGUACCCAUUGAGAACAGAGCUAGCUUGACCACCACACAUAUUGAAUUGGGCAGGACAAGAGCCGGACUUGACCUCAGUAAAAUCCAAGUAAUAAUCUACCAAAACAUUUUCUCAACAGUUUCUUUAGGUAUAUGCUGCAAAAAAUGUCCCUGGGUCAACUCGCGGGCCGGUUUGGUAUCAUUUUUUGGCACAGAUUUGGCCCUGUUUUACGACAAUAAUACUGAACAACAGAGCUAUAUUUAUUUAAUUUAUUGCAUCCCUGUUUUAUAUACUGUAUAUUAAUGUUUCAUGUAAUCACACCGACCUACCACCUCUGGAUGUUGCACUUUAUCUGUUCCACUGACCUAUAUAUAGUAACAUACUUUAAUAACUGUACACACAGACACUGCUGUGCGGUUACAUGGAGGUUUAUGUUCAGGUCAUCAAUAAAAAUUUCAAAUUGUUUAACAUA